AAGAAUCUUCAGUUCAGUACAUUUACCAUGAAAUUCUUGAUUUCAACCCCAAAACUUAUUUCUUCCCUGUUUGCCCAUCUCAAUGUACUUCUCUACCACAUACCCAGUUGAUCAACCCAGGACCUUGGAGGUUAUGUGUGAUUACUCCCCUUCCCUCAACUCCAAUCUCCGACUUAUGGGGUGUACUGGCACUCCAGUGCUCACAUUCUUGGGGAGGCCAUGGAACUUUACUAUGGAGGCCACUUGUGCUAUGGUCCACCCAUUGAAAAUGGAUUUUAUUAUGACAUGUUCAUUGAAGACAGAGCAGUGUCCAGCACAGAAUUGUCAGCACUGGAGAACAUAUGUAAAACCAUCAUUAAAGAAAAGCAACCUUUUGAAAGAUUAGAAGUCAGCAAGGAAAUCCUCCUUGAAAUGUUUAAGUACAAUAAAUUUAAAUGCCGCAUCCUGAAUGAGAAGGUUAACACUCCAACUACCACAGUUUACAGGUGUGGUCCACUAAUUGACCUUUGUAAAGGCCCCCAUGUAAGACACACUGGAAAAAUAAAAGCCAUAAAAAUUUUCAAGAAUUCCUCAACAUAUUGGGAGGGCAAUCCUGAAAUGGAAACAUUGCAGAGGAUCUAUGGGAUAUCCUUUCCUGAUAAUAAGAUGAUGAAAACCUGGGAAAAGUUCCAAGAGGAAGCCAGGAACCGAGAUCAUAGGAAAAUUGGGAAGGAACAAGAACUUUUCUUCUUCCAUGAUCUGAGUCCUGGAAGCUGUUUUUUUCUUCCCAGAGGAGCCUUCAUUUAUAAUACACUUAUGGACUUCAUACGAGAGGAAUAUCACAAGCGCAACUUCACGGAAGUGCUCUCUCCCAAUAUGUACAACAGUAAACUCUGGGAAGCUUCAGGCCACUGGCAGCAUUACAGCGAGAACAUGUUUACCUUUGAGAUUGAAAAGGACACUUUUGCCCUCAAACCUAUGAAUUGCCCAGGGCACUGUCUGAUGUUUUCCCAUCGUCCACGAUCUUGGAGGGAAAUGCCUAUUAGAUUUGCUGAUUUUGGAGUACUUCAUAGAAAUGAACUGUCAGGGACUUUAAGCGGCUUGACCCGAGUCAGGCGCUUCCAGCAAGACGACGCUCACAUCUUCUGCACAGUGGAACAGAUUGAAGAAGAAAUAAAGGGGUGUUUGCAGUUUUUGCAGUCUGUUUACUCGACAUUUGGCUUCUCCUUCCAAUUAAACCUGUCAACAAGGCCUGAAGACUUCCUAGGAGAGGUUGAGAUGUGGGAUGAGGCUGAAAAGCAACUACAGAAUAGCUUGCUGGAAUUUGGAGAACCAUGGAAAGUGAACCCAGGGGAUGGAGCAUUUUACGGCCCUAAAAUUGAUAUAAAAAUCAAGGAUGCUAUUGGCAGAUACCAUCAAUGUGCUACAAUUCAGCUGGACUUCCAACUGCCUAUUAGAUUUGAUCUCACAUAUGUUAGUAAGGAUGGGGAUGAUAAGAGACCUGUGAUCAUUCAUCGAGCCAUUUUGGGAUCAGUGGAAAGAAUGAUAGCCAUUCUCUCAGAAAACUAUAGCGGGAAAUGGCCUUUCUGGCUGUCUCCUCGUCAGGUAUUGAUUAUCCCUGUGGGGCCAACUUGUGAAGAAUAUGCACUCCAGGUAUCCAAUGAAUUUUUUGAGGAAGGAUUCAUGGCUGAUGUUGACUUAGAUCAGAGUUGUACACUAAAUAAGAAAAUACGGAAUGCUCAGCUGGCUCAGUAUAACUUUAUUUUGGUGGUUGGAGAAAAGGAAAAGAUAAAUAAUGCUGUAAAUGUUCGGACAAGAGACAACAAAAUUCAUGGAGAGAUUUUGAUAACUUCUGCCAUUGCUAAAUUGAAGAAUCUCAAGAAAUCACGUACACUACAUGCUGAGGAAGACUUUUGAAGCCCUUUCCUUGUAGUUGCUCCUAUGUAACUUUGUUUUGACGUUUGGAAAUGUAUUUUUCUUAACUAGUUAACAUAUUGGUACUUUGAAGAACUUUGGACCCACUGAUGGGUCCGCUUGUGGCCUAGUUAGGAAAGGGAACAAUGAACGAGUAGCUGGUAUAUAUACAACAUUCAGUUCAGUAGCGUGCUCUGAGGACAGUAAGAGGAUGAACUUGGGAAAUUUUCAAGCAGUCAAUGCCUUGAGUGACUUAAAUGGGGAAACAUUAUUCUUUGAAAGAAGGAAACACUAGGAAAUGAGGAUUGUGGCAUGUUAUUGCUAAGAUUUGUGAUUUUCGGAAGAUGGGCUUCAAAUAAAAGUCUGCAAAGCUUUUUUGAUUAUA